CAGUGAUAUUGGUAAAGUUCAAAAAGACUUGGAGUUGGGGGAGUGCAAUUCUGGAACUCGGAGACCGGAAGUCAGCGCCCCGGUUCCACUGUGUGUGUGCGUGUGCGGCCGACGUAUAGAAUUUAGUAUUUUCGGCGCCAAACCAAUCUUCACCUUCUCUGCCGGAGUCAAUUCUCUGAGCUAAAAUCACCAUUUCCGUCGCGGGUCAAUACGCUUCCUGUAUUGGCGGGGUUCCAAGGGUCUUUGUUUCUUUUUUGAUCCGUUUGAGGUGAGCUGAAAAUCGCCAUUUUCAAAUCGUAUGGUUUUAGGCAUUCGUGGGUAGAGCGAAGAUUUAUACAUCGAACUGUCGUUUCCAGCUUGUUUCUAGUCCAUCUCAUUCGUGGAAUUCUUCACGGUGCUAAAAUUGAGAAACUUAGAUCUGGUGCCAAUUUAGGGUGUAGGAUUUUGUUUAAAUCUCUGUUUCUUCUGUUUUGUGUUGACCUAAUCUGGCCAGUAGAUGUGAUCAAUUGAUUUUCAAUCUUGUGCUUCCUCUUUGAUUGCUGAGAGUGGGAAUUGUUUUUAAGAAGCUGGUUUGUGGAUCAGAGUGGCCGGGCAUGAUUUUUGGUUCUUCGCCCUUGAAUUUUUGUGCAUGACAUCUAGUUCAUAGUACUGGAUCCUGUUUGAGCAGCUGUGGAGACUGACAGGAUGGGUUGCUUAAAUAAACAGACUGCUGCUACAUUGGUUGCAGAACCCAAGGAUCGUAACCCAAGGUCCUCCAGAGUUGCCUUAGCAUGCAUAGUAAAUUCAGAAAUUGGCGCAGUUUUAGCUGUAAUGAGGAGAAAUGUGCGGUGGGGAGUCCGUUAUGCUGAUGACGAACAACAAGAGCACUCCCUUAUCCAUUCUUUAAAGGAAUUGCGUAAAAAGAUAUUCCAGUGGCAACAUCAGUGGCGGGUUAUUAAUCCCGUGGUUUAUCUCAAACCUUUCUUAGAUGUGAUUGAAUCUGCUGAAACCGGCGCGCCUAUUACCGGUGUUGCUUUGUCAUCUGUUUACAAAAUCAUAAGCCUAGAGAUUCUUGAUUCGGAGACUGUGAAUGUUGAUCAGGCAUUGCAUUUGAUAGUUGAUGCUGUGACUAGCUGUCGGUUUGAGGUAACUGACCCUGCUUCUGAAGAAGUUGUGCUAAUGAAGAUACUUCAAGUCCUCUUGGCUUGCAUGAAGAAUAAGGCUUCAGUUUACUUGAGCAAUCAGCAAGUAUGCAAUAUAGUAACUUCCUGCUUUCGGAUAGUUUCACAGGCAAGCUCAAAAGGUGAACUUUUGCAAAGGAUAGCACGCCACACCAUGCAUGAAUUAAUUAGGUGCAUUUUCUCGCACCUGCUAGAUAUCUAUAGUGAACAAAAACCAGUUGCUGAAGGGAGCAGAAUAUGUGCAGAUGGAGAGGUUAAUGUGGUAACAGAUCAUCAUAAAUUAGAAGAUGAAGAUGUUAACUCCAAUGGCGGUGUGGAAUCUAAUGAUAAGGCACCGGCUCUUCCAGACGGUGUUUCUGGUAUGCCUGCAGACACAUCAGCAAGUAACGUGGAUAACACAGAAAAGAUAUCUAUUGGUGGGGUGGUUGAUCAGAAAAGAGAGGACCCUAUGAUGGAUCCAUAUGGUGUUCCUUGCAUGUUGGAAAUAUUUCAGUUUUUGUGUUCUCUUUUGAAUGUGAUGGAGCGCAUUGAAACUGGCCAGAGGUCAAACCCUGUGGCAUAUGAUGAAGAUGUACCCUUAUUUGCUCUGGGUUUGAUUAAUACAGCAAUAGAAUUAGGUGGCCCUUCUUUUGGAGAUCAUCCUAAAUUAUUAGCCUUGAUACAGGACGAGUUGUUCUAUAACCUGAUGCAGUUUGGUUUGUCAAUGAGUCCUCUGAUUCUCUCAACUGUAUGUAGUAUAGUUCUCAAUCUGUACCAUCAUCUCCGUACUAAGAUAAAGCUUCAGCUCGAGGCCUUCUUUUCUCGAGUUCUAUUAAGGAUUGCAGGGAGCAAACAUGGGUCUUCAUACCAACAGCAGGAAGUUGCCAUGGAAGCCCUUGUUGAUUUCUGCAGGCAGCCUCUUUUUGUAGCUGAGAUGUAUGCCAAUUUUGAUUGUGACGUAUCCUGCAGCAAUGUAUUUGAAGAUCUUGCCAAUCUGCUGUCUAAAAGUGCCUUUCCUGUGAACAGCCCUCUGUCAGCAAUGAAUACUCUUGCGCUGGAUGGUCUGAUUGCCAUUAUUCAGGGAAUGGCUGGGAGAAUGGGCCAUGAGUCAUCUACUGCAGAACACUCUGAAGACGCUGAGGAAUAUAAACCUUUUUGGACCGUAGCAUGUGAGAACUAUGAUGAACCUAGUUACUGGGUCCCGUUUGUCCAUAAGAUGAAGAAAAUCAAACGUAAGUUGAUGACGGGUGCUGACCACUUCAAUCGAGAUCCAAAGAAGGGUCUUGAGUUUCUUAAAAGCGUAAAUUUGUUGCCUGAUUUGCAUGAUGCACUUAGUGUAGCAUACUUCUUUAGAUACACUAAUGGUCUGGAUAAGAAUGUUGUUGGAGAUUUCCUGGGAAGUCAUGAUGACUUUUCUAUUCAAGUGCUUAAUGAAUUUGCAAGAUCAUUUGAUUUUCGGGACAUGAAUUUGGACACUGCAUUACGCAUUUUCUUGGAAACCUUCAGGUUACCUGGAGAAUCUCAGAAGAUACAGAGAGUUUUGGAGGCAUUUGCUGAGAGAUACUAUGAGCAGUCACAAGAUAUUCUGGUUAACAAAGACGCAGCGCUCCUAUUGUCAUAUUCCAUAAUAUUGCUUAACACAGAUCAUCACAAUGCACAGGUGAAGAGGAAGAUGACUGAAGAAGACUUCAUCCGUAAUAAUCGCAGAAUAAAUGGAGGAAAUGAUCUCCCUCGGGAUUACUUGUCUGAACUGUACCACAAAAUCUGCGAGAAUGAGAUCCGUAUGGUCCCAGAGCCAGCUGCUGCGGCUUCUGCCGUGACGCGUAGUCAUUGGAUUGGUUUAGUUCACAGAUCAAAGCAGGCAGCUCCAUACAUUUUCUGUGAUUUUGGACCACAUCUCGACUAUGACAUGUUUGCUAUUUUGUCUGGUCAAGCUAUCGCUGCUAUCUCUGUGGUCUUCGAUCAUGUGGAUCAGGAAAAUAUUUUGCAAACAUGCAUUGAUGGAUACUUGGCGGUGGCUAAGCUUUCAGCGUCGUAUAGUUUUAUUGAGACAUUGGAUGAUUUGGUGGUGUCUCUUUGUAGAUUCACUACCUUGUUGCUUCCUUCCUACGCUGAUGAAGAAUUCAUCCUAGCUUUUGGGGAUGAUACCAAAGCAAAGAUGGCUACCGUGGCUGUUUUCACCGUUGCAAACAGGUAUGGUGAUCAAAUUCGCUCAGGAUGGAAAAACAUUCUGGAUUGCAUUUUAAGCUUGAACAAGUUGGGUCUUCUUCCAGCUCGACUUGCGAGUGAGGCUGCUGAUGAUUUGGACCCGAAUCAUGAUCAGAACCGAGUAAAAUCCUCUGCAAGCUCUCCAGCAACAGCUACUCCAAUAUCAGUGGCCCCUUCUCGAAAAUCAUCUGGUUUGAUGGGUCGAUUCAGCCAAUUGUUAUACCUGGAUACAGAAGAGCCUGAACCUCAGCCCACUGAAGAACAAGUUGCUGCUCGCCAACGUUCUCUACAGACAAUCCGAGAUUGUCAUAUAGAUAGCAUCUUUGCAGACAGUAAAUUUUUGCAAGCUGAGUCCCUUUCACAUCUUGUUCAGGCGCUUCUCUUGUCUGCUGGACGACUUUCUAGGACAAGUAAUGUGCCGGAAGAUGAAUCAACUGCAGUUUUCUGUCUGGAACUGUUGAUUGCUAUCACUUUGAAUAACCGAGACAGGAUCAUGCUCCUCUGGCCAGGUGUUUAUGAGCACAUAGCCAGUGUUGUUCAGUCAACUGUGAUGCCUUGUGCUCUGGUGGAGAAGGCUGUUUUUGGGCUCCUCCGGAUAUGCCAACGGCUGCUUCCAUACAAGGAGAAUUUGACCGACGAGCUUCUGAGGUCUUUGCAACUUGUACUGAAACUUGAUGCUCGAGUUGCUGAUGCAUACUGUGAACAAAUAACUCAGGAAGUUAUGCUCCUUGUCAAAGCAAAUGCAAUGCAGAUAAGAUCUAAUAUGGGUUGGCGCACUAUUAUAUCACUUCUUUCUAUAACAGCUCGACACCCAGAAGCAUCUGAAGCAGGAUUUGAGACGUUGUCAUUUAUAAUGUCUGAUGGGGCCCACAUUUUACCUGCAAAUUAUAUUCUCUGUUUGAAUGCAGCCAGGCAGUUCGCCGAGUCUCGGGUGGGUAAUGUUGAUCGUUCAGUCAGAUCAUUAGAUCUGAUGGCUGGUUCGCUGGACUGCUUAGUUAGAUGGUUUUACAAAACCAAGGAAGCUGGGGAGGAAGAAGCUGCUCAAAAAAUGACCCAAGACAUUUGGGAAAUGUGGCUGAGGCUGGUACAGGGACUAAGGAAAAUCUGUGUGGAUUCAAGAGAGGAGGUGAGAGAUCAUGCUAUUUUGAUUUUGCAGAGGUGCUUAACAGGUGUAGAUGUGAUGCGUGUCCCAAGUGAAUUGUGGUUGCAGUGCUUUGAUCUGGUAAUCUUCUCAUUAUUGGAUGAGUUAAUUGAUCUUGCACAGCAACAUUCCUCCAAGGAUUACCGUAAAAUGGAAGGGACCCUAGUAUUAUCCUUGAAGCUAUUGUCUAAAGCUUUCUUACAGUCAUUGCAAGAUCUUUCUCAUUUACCAUCCUUCAGCAAAAUAUGGUUAGGGGUUCUUAGUUGUAUGGAAAGAUAUAUGAAGGUGAAGUUUAGAGGGAAACGGAGCGAAAAGAUCCACGAACUAGUUCCAGAGCUCUUGAAAAACACGCUGCUCGUCAUGAAGACGAGUGGGAUUCUGGUGCCUAGUAGUGAAGAAGAUAGUAUAUGGCAACUAACUUGGUCAAUGGUGAACGAACUAGCCCCAUCUUUGCAACUAGAAGUUUUUCCGAAGGAAGAGUUGGAGCAGCUACAGAAGACUCAAACAAAAGGUUGCAGUCCUAUUCUAGAGGGAAAUGUUGCGGUUUCCGCAAGCGAAACAACUGCUUGAAUGAGGAACUCUUUUUUGUCUGGAGACUCCAAAAAGGAUCGGCAUUGUUGAGCAACUGUAGUCAUAAGGUGAGCAGUUAGUAUAGUGUAAGCCUAGAAUGCAGUCCCAGGAGGGAAAAAGCAGAUUCGGCUACUUUUUUUCCCUUGUGUUUUCUUAAACUUACAUUGAAACUCCAAAGGAUCUGAAGAGGGAAUAGGUCAAUACUUUUGGUUUUUUUGCCCAUUUUUUUUCAUUUAUUUUUUGGGAUUCCAUGAAUACAUAGGUUUUAUACUAAAGAUGAAAACUAUAUCUUUUUUUGUAUUUUGUAUCUGUACAAAAAGGUCCAAUGUAAUAACACACUUUGGCUCCUUAGAGUUUUUCAACUCCCACAAAUCUCUAUGUUUUGAAACGUUUUUACCGGUUUGUACAGUAUGAUUUAGUUACGGU